AUGUCGUCAUCUCGUACCCAGGCUGCCCCAAGCCCAGGGGAUGCUUCAACAACCAAAUGGACUACCAUCUAUCAGCUGGUCAUGACGCCCAUUAUCUUCGUCUCUUUCCUGGUCUCACUAGCUUGGGUUGACUUCCGCUACUCCAUCAUGCGGUCACAUAGCCACUCCGAGGAACCCAGCCAGCUGCCCCGAUGGCUUCAUCGCAUCACAUACCGAGAGGCCCCAUACAAGUAUGUCAAGGUCGAUGCGUCUCACUCAAAGCCUCCGACAGGAAGCAGUGAAGGGACCAGGUGGUACUACCACAGCAAGCAGCGGAAGCUCAUGAAGAUGGAGGCCGAUGACGCCUUUCAGAUUCGAGGGACAGUGCUGGUAGCCCUAGGCUUACUAGCCGUCGCGGCCGCAUGGGCUGUCUCGUGGGUAGGCCGGUGGCUCUGGGCGAUUGGCAUGGCGAAGCUCGGCUGA